AUGUUGCGAUAUCAUAUGCAAGGGUUUAGUGGAUAUGGAGUUCAAUACUCACCUUUUUACGACAACAAGCUAGCUGUAGCUUCUGGUUCCAAUUUCGGACUUGUUGGUAACGGUAAACUGUAUAUCUUAGAUAUUGAUAGUCAAGGGAGAAUGCUUGAAAGCGGGACAUAUUUGACCCAGGAUGGACUUUUUGAUGUUGCUUGGAAUGAGCUUCAUGAAAACCAAGUACUAGCAGCUCAAGGAGACGGAUCGCUGAGACUUUUCGAUAUUACUUUGAAGGACUAUCCGAUCGCUAUAUUUCAAGAGCACGAAAAGGAGGUUUUGAGCUGUAAUUGGAACUUGAUCAACAAGGACGUGUUCGUGAGUAGUUCUUGGGACGGUACGAUCAAGAUAUGGACCCCUACAAGAAAUAAUAGUAUGGCGACUUUGGUCCCUAAACCUAUGAAGAGAGCUAAUUCCGUCUUGGCGCAUCAAGAUGUGCCCAUUUCAAACCAGAGACAACACAGCUCGAUUUCUAAAAACAAGGAAUGUAUAUACCAGGCGCAAUUCUCACCGCACGAUCCCAAUACGGUUAUGUCGUGUUCCGGUAACUCGUACGUGACGCUUUUCGAUCUACGCCAACCACCUGUCUCGAAUCAGUACAGCUUCUUGGCACACAAUGGGAUGGAAACGUUGACAUGCGACUUCAACAAAUACAGGCCAUCUAUUGUAGCCACGGGCGGUGUUGACAAUAUGAUAAAAAUUUGGGAUCUUCGCAUGGUACGCAAGAUGAGCAUCCAUUCGCGACAGCCAAUGAGCGUUAAUGAAGUCGGUGGACACGAUCUGGCCGUUAGAAAAGUGUCUUGGUCUCCACAUCAUUCCGAUAUGUUUUUGUCGACGUCCUACGACAUGACCUGCAAAGUUUGGCAGGAUCUCAGCACGGAUGGCCGCAGACCAACGGGCAAAACCAACAGCGUGGAACCAGCCAAGGGCUGUCGGUUUGUGUUUCCACAUCACAGUGAAUUUGUAUUUGGAGCCGAUUGGAGUCUGUGGGGCCAGCCCGGCUACAUUGCGUCUACGGCAUGGGACGGUGAAGUUUGCAUAUGGAACGCUUUCAACAAGCGGUGA